AUGGGGUUGAAGGCGUGGGAUAAGCAUCAGCAUACGUUGGCGGAUUUGUGUCGGUCAUUUUUUGGGUUUGAGAAGAGUGGUGGGGAUACUGCGAGGGCGAAGGUGAAGGAUACGGAUGCGACGGCGCGUGUUAAGUCGGAGGGGAGCAAGUCGAAUGCACGGGCGAGAGACACGCCGAAGGCAAAUGAUAAUGUGGCCCCGGUAUUUGAGGCUUCGCAGUCGCAGGGCUCUGUGGAUACCAGAGCAAAUGAUCUCGAGUUUGAUCCGAUUAGUGGCCGCAUGGUUCCGAAGCCUGCAGCGGCAGCUACGACAGGUGAGGCCGGUGCAUUAUCUAAAGACGGCACCUCAACCGUACCGGACACGUCCAAUGUGGAGGAUGGUCAUCUUGGAUCUUUAUCUCCCACCAAAAGCUCUAGCGAGGCCACGGCCGUGACAUCCGAUCCAGACAUUGGCGGCGUGCAGCACAAAGAACCAGAACAGCGUGCAAAUGAAAUAGCACAGGACCAUGGUAUCCCUGAAUGUGCCGAAAAUUCCAAUCUGGUUGAUAGCCAGCAGCCAAAGAGUCUCACUCCUGAUGCGCAGCCAAAUGAGGGUCGAAAAAUGAAGGGCUUCUUCUACUUGGACAAGAAAGAGCCAGAGAAGCUGAAGAUUCAAGAUUCGCCACAGCAAUCAGAGCCUUUCCUCGUACCUGAGAAUGAAGAGUUGGAUCUCCUGCGUGCAAGCGAUAUCCGCGCCUCUUAUCCCUCAAAAGGGUUGGAUAUGAAAUCCGAUGUCCAGAGUAAGAAGGUUGACGGCGCUUUGGAGGAAAUUACUCCGGAUGAGAAUUCGGUCACUGAGUCGAAUCCUGAGUCUCAAGACUCUUUGGGCUCUGUUGAUGAGAGAAGCACAGAAGCACCAAACUAUACCGGGACGCAAUCUUCAUUGCAGGAAGCAGAGGCCCCUCAGUCCACUCAACCGCAAGUACAAGACGGACUUCCAGACUUCACGAAGGUUCUUGACCAGACCUCCGAAACACACUCUCCUAUUCUGAGUGAAUCUGCAUCUCCAGCCACGUACCGUGUGCUCGCGUACGAUCCAUUUACUAUGCAGGUUACUACGGCGGACACGGACUCUUCGCUUGCUCCUUCACAUAAGAUCCUCCAUCCUAGUGAUGUCCUUCCCCGGUUGAGCAACCCGGCGCAGUUUCUGCCAUAUUUUGAGGAGAUGCGGAAAGAGGGCUAUGAGAUUGUCUCCGGUGGCGGGGAUAUCCUCGUCUUCAAGAGAUUUUUUUAUGUCGAUAAGAGACCGUCAGACAAGUCUUCUCUUGAAACCAAAGAACAUGAAGACACAACUGCAGACGGUGUUCUCAAAGAACUCCAAGAUCAGGCAGCAUUGAAAUCGCCCCAACUAACCGAAAGCUCUUCCGCUAAAACUUCAAAGACAGAACCAGAGACAGAAAUACCUCCACGAAAGCAGCGUUCUGCAUUCAACAACGCAAUCCGUCGAAUGCUCUUCACUGGCAUCGCGGCCGCAGGAACAUGCUAUGCCUUUGGCGUUGUAGUGGAGUACUUCCGCACUGGUGGUUCUGAUGGACGUGGUGUUGAUGCGUUUACGGUGUUUGAGUCUGACAGACGGCAGAUGGAUUAG